AUGUUGUCCAUUGCUACUGUCAGUAAAAGUACUGCUACUGUCAGAAAAAGUACUGCUACUGUCAGUAAAAGUACUGCUACUGUCAGUAAAAGUACUGCUACUGUCAGUAAAAGUACUGCUACUGUCAGAAAAAGUACUGCUACUGUCAGUAAAAGUACUGCUACUGUCAGUAAAAGUACUGCUACUGUCAGUAAAAGUACUGCUACUGUCAGAAAAAGUACUGCUACUGUCAGUAAAAGUACUGCUACGAGCAGUAAAAAGGAAAAUUUGAGAGGGUUUUCGACGAUAAAGUACUGCUACUGUCAGAAAAAGUACUGCUACUGUCAGAAAAAGUACUGCUACUGUCAGAAAAAGUACUGCUACUGUCAGUAA